AUGGGCACUCACAAAUUAAUAAUCCUCAGACAUGGCGAGUCGCAAUGGAAUCAUGAGAACAAGUUUUGCGGAUGGAUUGAUAUCCCACUAACUGAAAAGGGGAAAGAAGAAGCUGAGUACGCCGGUGAAUUGAUCAAACAGCAUGGAUUAUCCCCCGAUAUUCUCUACACUUCAAAACUUAUACGUUCAAUUGAAACUGGAUUCAUAAUACUCAAGGUACUAAACAAGCCAUGGGUGGAUCAUAUCAAAACGUGGCGAUUAAACGAACGGCAUUAUGGGAAAUACCAAGGACGUGAUAAACAUGAGGUGUUUGUAGAAUUGGGAGAGGACAAGGACAAGUUCCAAUACAUUAGACGCAACUACAAUGGAUUACCACCAUUAAUUGAUCCUGAGUUGGAUACUUCAAUCGAUGAAAAAUACAAUGAUUUAUUAAACAGGAAUAUACUACCACGAGGUGAAUCACUUUCAAUGGUUAUGGAUCGAUUGAUUCCGUUUUUCAAGUAUGAGAUUUUCGAUCAUCAAAUGGUGCAGUUGAACAAGACGGUUUUAAUUGUGACACAUGGAUCUGUGGUUCGAAGUUUGAUCAAGUACUUGAACAAGGUAAGUGAUGAUGAUAUACUGAAGAUCAACGUGCCCACUGGGAUACCAUUGGUGUUUGAGUUGGAUGAUCGUGGUGAUUUGGUUAAACCUUAUUAUUACUUGGAUAAGGAAAAGGCAGAAAAGGGAAUUGAGAAGGUGAAGAAUGAAGGAUUGAAAAAGGAGUAG